AUGGGGGGGAGGGAUGGGGGGGGAGAUGGGGGAUGGAAGAGAUGGAAGGGAGAGAAGGGUGGGAGAGAUGGAGGGGAGGGAUGGGUGGGAGAGAUGGAGGGGAGAGAUGGAAGGGAGAGAUGGGUGGGAGAGAUGGAGGGGAGGGAUGGGUGGGAGAGAUGGAGGGGAGAGAUGGAGGGGAGGGAUGGAGGGGGAGAGGAGGGGGUGGGGAGAGAUGGGGUGGGAGAGAUUGGGGGAGAGGGAAGGAGGAUGGGUGGGAGAGAUGGAGGGGCAGGGAUGGGGGGAGAGAUGGAGGGGAGGGAUGGAGGGGAGGGAUGGGGGAGGGGGAUUUGUGGUCUUUGCAAGUUAUGUUGGCUUUGUAGCAAGUUACCUUGGCUUUGUAGAAACACUGUAAUGUCAGUUAAUUUAGUCCCUUUUAUCCUGAAACUUCAAAUGGUACAACAUACUGUGAAACCAGUGAUUCCCAACCUUUCUUUGUGCUUGAUGACCUCACGCUUUUGGAGUUGACCUAACCAACUAGUCAACUAAAACAACCUGGGACUCUAAAGGAAUCUACCUCAACCAAGCGUCCAGUCUUAACCUGGGACUCUAAAGGAAUCAACCUCAACCAGGCGUCCAGUCUUAACCUGGGACUCUAAAGGAAUCAACCUCAACCAGGCAUCCAGUCUUAACCUGGGACCCUAAAGGAAUCAACCUCAACCAGGCAUCCAGUCUUAACCUGGGACCCUAAAGGAAUCAACCUCAACCAGGCGUCCAGUCUUAACCUGGGACCCUAAAAGAAUCAACCUCAACCAGGCAUCCAGUCUUAACCUGGGACCCCAAAGGAAUCAACCUCAACCAGGCAUCCAGUCUUAACCUGGGACCCCAAAGGAAUCAACCUCAACCUACCUUUGGGAAACACAAUUGCAUCCCUGUUAGUAUUACAUCAUUGACUAACCCUGUAUCCUCUUUGUCUUUUUCAGGGUUCCUGUCUACAGGGGACCAGGCAGCUAAGGGGAACUACGGCCUACUGGACCAGAUCCAGGCUCUGAGGUGGAUCAGUGAGAACAUUGGAUACUUCGGAGGAGACUCCAACCGUAUCACAGUGUUCGGAUCUGGGAUAGGAGCGUCCUGCGUCAGCCUGCUCACCCUCUCACACCACUCUGAAGGUAGGAAUACACUCUGUCCAUGACUGGAAUGGGAUGGAGGGAUUAGGUAUCGGAUGGCUCUGUGUCAGAAUCAGGUGAGGAAGUCUGGUAUUUAGUUGGAUGUUUUGGUUAAAUGUGUAUUUAGUUAGUGGUUUAAGAAAGGGGUUGUUUGUUAUUGGGUUUCAUCAGAGUACUCUCCUGAGUUUCUGGUUUACAGUUGAUUUACUGAGAUAACUGCUUUUGGGAUUUGUUAUCUGGAGAUGCGCAGGGGGUAAAGUGUGUGUCCUUGGUUGCAUGUGUGUGUGUCGUAACACAAGAUGUUAUGUAUUUAUACAGCCUUUAAUAGUUCCUGGACCUUGUGUACAUCUUGAUUGACACAGGAAGCUGUGUGAGCAUCAGGAUAUUAGGUAGCUCGUUAUAUCAGAAAUAAUAUAGUCAAAUCCCACUUCAUUUGGAUAGUCCGGAAAGUCAAUCUGUAGAUGUCUAUAGAGGGUCACACUAUCAACAAACUAUCUGUUGAUAAGCAACUGCUUGCUAAGGUUACAGUUAGGGUUAGGUUUAGAAUAAAAAUUAGGGCAAGGAUUAAGGUUAGGGUUAGGGCAAGGGUUAAGCAAUUUUUACGCAGUCGCCAUGUAAUGCUACAAAUGAGCAAGGACCAUGCACAGAAACACGUUACAGAUCGUAAAGGAAGGAAGGAAAAAAGGAAGGAAGGAAGGAAGGAAGGAAGGAAGGAAGGAAGGAAGGAAGGAAGGAAGGAAGGAAGGAAGGAAGGAAGGAAGGAAGGAAGGAAGGAAGGAAGGAAGGAAGGAAGGAAGGAAGGAAGGACGAUGAACAGACGGAUGGCAGUAAGGGAUAUUAAGGAAAGUAAACCAUUCAUUACCAUAAUUGUCUUUAUACCAACUGGGAAUUCCUGGCUUGGCUUUAUGAUGAAGGCGACCACCACCAUGCGUUUAUAAAGAGGUCAUUUCAGCACCACUGCUUUGAUGUCCAUUAAAGGAACAGGUUUUUUCUUUCUGCAUUUUGUGUUUCUCUAUUUACAGGACACAGUUUUUGCGUUCUGUGUUUCUAAUUGGUAUUAAAGCGUUACUAAUUGCUAGAAGUUUCCCUUCAGAUAAAUGACGACUGCAUGGCUUCUGAUUGAAUUUUUACCAUAAAUGUAUUUUUUAUUCAGCCUCCAUAAUGCUACGCUCCAUGUAGCGUGAUAUUAUACAGCCACAGAAACCAGAUCCUCUCUGCCUCCUCCUAUCUAAAUUGGAUAUUACCGGCGCUGCUGCAGUUUUUUGCCUCUUGAAUAGAAAUGUAUUUUGCCCUAGUACGCAGUGUGACCAGAAAAACAAUAGAGAUGUAUGAUGCCCUAGUACGCAGUGUGACCAGAUAAAGCAGAACAGAGUGAAACUAGUGAGAUGGUUGGUAAUUGAAGUGGGAAGCUUUCCAUCACGACAGGGCCUCUUGUGAGGAGUGUUACCGACGGCAAUCACAUUCCCCCCCUCUCCACUCUCCGCAAAUACGUGAAGUUUCAGACUGAAGUGGGCCGGAAAUAA